AGCUUGUUUUUCGAAGAGACACCAUUCCCCAAAAUGAUACCGAAUAUUUAUCUGUUCCUUGUAAUACUAAUAUUUUUUGGUGUUGAAUCCCAAUCUCAAUGUAAUCGAGAUCCUACUACCAACUGUGUAGUUUAUGAUAGUUUGCACUUAAAAAACUUUGAUGGAUCACUUUUGAGUUAUGAUUCAAAGUGUGGGUACACUCUUGUUUCGAUCAAUUCAAAAGGAAUCAAUUUGGAAAUAAAUCUUCUUCAAAAUGUACAAACUUUACAAGUAAAGUAUGCCGAGCAUGUCUACGAUGUUAAAGUUGCAGGUGCAGCAAUUGAACUUAAAAGAGAUGGAAAUGUACAAAGUAUUCCUCAUGAUUUGUCUGGAGUGUCCAUUAGUAAACCAGGAGCUAUGGUUAUUGUGGAAAUUAAAGAUUUGGGAUUAAAAAUACGAUACGAUGGAAGGACUGCAGAAGUUAUUCAACGCAAUCAAUUUAACGACCGUGCAAUGUUGGGAAUGUGCGGAAAUAAUGAUGGAUGCAGUGGAAAUGAUAUGGUAAUGAAGAAUGGUGGAAUUGCUGGAAAUAAUCUUCAAUUUGCUGAUAGCUGGAGUAUAGGUGGAUGUAGAUCUGGAAAUUAUCUUAAUAGUUGUGGAACUAAUGGUCGUUUUUACGCACAAGCCCAAAAUUUUUGUAAUAAUCUAUUUAGCAAUCAGAAAUUUACAAAAUGCAGUGCAUUCAACUCCCAAUUUAUGAAUAUUUGUACAUCAAAUUAUUGCAGUUGUAAAUUGGCAAAUAGAAAUGAUUGCAUGUGUGAUAUGCUAGACGUCUACGCUAGAAGCUGUCAAAUUAAAACUAACGAUAUAAUUGAUUGGAGAAGUUCAACACUUUGUCCAAUUAACUGUAGAAAUCAAGAACAACAAUACAUGACUUGCGCUCCUAAUAAACGGCAAUUAUCGUGCAAUGAAAUAGAAACAGAUACUUCAAAUUUGGAUUGCGAGGAAGGCUGUUAUUGUCCUAAUGGAUUACGUUUACAGGAGGAUAGAUGCCUAUUUGUCGAAGAGUGUGAUUGUUACUACAACAACGUAGCAUACAAACCUGGAACAUCAAUAGCUCAAGAAUGCAAUACGUGCACUUGUACAAAAGGACAAUGGAUGUGUACAACUAAAAUCUGUCAAGUUGAAGCCGGUUGCUAUGCUGAUCCACAUUACACGACUUUUGAUGGUAAAAAAUUCGACUUCAUGGGAAAAUGUAUGUAUUAUGUGGUGCGAGGAAAUGGAUUUGAUGUUAUUUGUGAUCAUUAUAUAUGGAAUGGAGCAUUUGUUAAAGAUGAAAAAUCCUCUAUACCAUCAUAUUGCGCAAAAGUUAUUGUACAACUAAGAGACGACAUCAUUGAAUUGGAACAGGGUCGCAAAGUAAAAUUAAAUGGUUUCAGACUUGAACGAUUACCCUUUAAUUCUCCAUUAUUCCGAAUUACCGAACCGAGUAGUCAAUUAGUCUCAGUUUCAUUAAGAAAUAACGUUGAUGUUAAUUUUAAUGGUGAUUCUUGGCUCCUCGUUAAAAUACCUACCACAAUGAUAGGAAGAGUGAGCGGAUUAUUUGGAACUUACACAAAAUCGCAAGAUGAUGAUUUCCUAAUGGCUAAUGGUUCUCUUACAACUGAUCCGAAUUUGUUUGGUCAUUCUUGGAAAGUCCCCGGAAGCUGUGCAAAUGAAUAUACAGGACCAGUAUAUCAUCCAUGUAGCAUAAAUCCAGAAAAUCGCGAGAAAGCUGAACAAGCUUGUGCUCCAUUAAAAAGUAAUCUAUUCGCAGAUUGUCUUGAAGAUAUUGAGACAAAUUACGAAAAUUGCAUUUAUGAUGGCUGCGAAUGCGUCGAUAAAGUAAAAACUUGCGUUUGCAAUUUCUACGCGUUACAAGCAGCGAAAUGUGCUGCGAAAGGCAAACCGGUGGAUUGGCGAAAAACAAUCACUCAAUGCCAAGUUCAAUGUCCCGCAGGGCAAACGUACCAAACAUGUGGGAAUUCUUGCACUCGAAGCUGCGAUGAUAUCGGCGCCAAUCCAACAUGCGAGUCGUCUUGCGUUGAAGGUUGUAAUUGUCCAGAAGGACAAACGUUGAAUGAAAAAAAUCAAUGUAUCCCAAUCAAUAAGUGUACUUGUGUUUGGGAGGAUGGAAGAUACAAUCCUGAAACGACUUUUAUAACCGGCGAAAAUAAAUGCACUUGCUCUAAUGGUAAAUGGAAUAUAAUAACAACUACUCCAGAUGAUAAAUCGAAAUACCCGGACUUAAAUGACCUAAAGAAACAAUGUAAUGCGGAUGAUUUUAUGACUUAUACAGGCUGUAAACGAGUGAACACUGUGACUUGUCUGAAUAAACAUCUCAAUGAGGAUCCAAAUUAUAAUAAUUGCCAAAGUGGAUGUCAAUGUUCCGAAGGAUUUGUUUUUGAUGAAGAAUUAAAUACUUGCGUUAGACCCGAAGAUUGUCCGUGCAUGUAUAAAGGAAUUAGUUAUGCGGAUAAAACAACAAGAAAUGAUAGAAAUCAAACCUGUGUUUGCAAAGAUGGAUUUUGGGCUUGUAAUCCAUCAGCAGAUCAUUGGGAAAAAUGUAGCAUUUGGAAUAACGUUCACAUCAGGACUUUUGACGAAACAGUCUAUUCUUUUAAAGGAAACUGCGAAUAUACACUUUUCGAACAUUCACUUCCAACUGGUGGAGUAUUUAGAGUUACAGUAACGACGGGACAAUGUAAUGUUGGUUCAUGUAUUAAGAGUGCUAAAAUUUAUUACAAAGAUGCAACUGGUCGUGAAGAUAUUGUAACAUUUGUAGCUGGUCAAGAAUUCGUUCGACCUGGUUUGUUAGCGAAUCUUGUUAUUACAGAUUUAGAUCUUUCUGUUAUGGUUGAUGUUAUUGGAAUGGGAAUAAGAGUUGUUUGGAAUAAAGGAGGUUGGUUGCACGUACAUGUUUCUAGAGUUUGGGUUACAUGGAAUCAUGUUGGGUUAUGUGGAAAAUACGAUGAUAAUCCCAAUAAUGAUUUGACAACUCCAAACAAUCAAAAUGGUGUUACGCAGUUGGUAGAUUAUUAUAGAGUUGAUAAAUCAUGUCCUGGUUGUACUCAAUUAAAAGAAGUAAAUUUAAUGCCUAAAGAUAACCCAUGCGAAAUUUUAUAUAGUAAUGUUUUUAAAACAUGUCGUUACCUAACAUCCGUUAAUGAAUACUAUAAUAGAUGCUUAAUUGAUGCUAGUUUACAAUUGCUUAUACCAGAAAAUCAACGCUAUAAUUAUUAUUGUCAAACAUUAUCGGCCUAUGCCCAAGAAUGUAAUGAUGUUAAUGAACCCGUCCAGUGGAGGACAAACGAUAUUUGUCCUUAUAAUUGUAAGCCUAACAAAGCAUAUUAUCCAUGUGAAACACCUUGCCCCAAGGAUACUUGCGAAAAAGAUAGUAAUUGUCCAGACAGAUUAUGUUCAGAAGCUUGCAAUGUUCCACCUUGCCCAUUUAAUUCAAUUUAUAAAGACUCAACAUACACACAAUGCGUACCUAAAGAUCAAUGUGGAUCUCAGACUACUGCAACAGUGGAAGGUCAUUGUAUGGGUGAUCCCCACUGCACCACUUUUGAUGGUAAAUAUUACGAUUUCAUGGGGAAAUGUAUGUAUUAUUUAGUCCGGGGAAAUGGAUUUGAUGUUAUAUGCGAUAAUUACAUAUGGAAUGGAGCUUAUAUUAAAGAUGUUAAAUCAACGGCACCGUCAUCUUGCGCAAAAGUUUUUAUAAUAACUCAAGGACAUAAUAUUGAAUUAGAACAAAAACUUAAUGUUGUUGUAGAUGGACAAAAACUUGAUUGGUUACCUUACGUAAGUCAAGAUUUCAGUGUUAUUCAAACGAGCAGUGAACAAAUAACUGUUUCCUUGAAAAAUUCCGUUGUGGUUCUUUGGAAUGGCAACUCAUAUGUUACAGUUCGGAUUCCUGUAACUAUGAUAGGGCAAGUAAAGGGUCUUUUGGGAACAUACACUAAAACUCAAGAUGACGAUUUCUUAAUGCCAAAUGGUAUAGUUACAAAUGAUCCAAAUAUCUUUGGAAAUUCUUGGAAAGUACCAGGUAGUUGCGAAGGUGAAUACACAGGGCCAGUGCAUCAUCCAUGUAGCAUCAACCCAGAUAAAAGGGUUCAAGCAGAAAAAAGUUGUGCAGCACUUAAAAGUGAUUUAUUCGCAGAUUGUCUCGAAAAUGUGAACGAAGUUUAUGAAAACUGUCUAUACGAUAACUGCCAAUGCACAAAUGAACAAUCCACUUGUGUUUGUGAAUUUUAUUCAUCUCAAGGAAAUAAGUGUGCGGCUAAAGGAAAAUACGUCGAUUGGCGUAAAAAUGUAACCGAAUGUUCCAUUAAGUGUCCAUCCGACCAAAGUUAUCAAGUGUGUGGAAAUUCUUGUACUCGUAGCUGUGAAGAUAUAGCAGCAAAUCCAACUUGCCAACGUCAAUGUGUCGAUGGUUGUAAUUGUCCAAAUGGUCAAACUUUAGACGGAAAUAACCGGUGUAUCCCCAUAAGUAGAUGUCCAUGUAAGUGGGGGAACGAAAGAUAUCCUCCAGGUUUUUCAUUUAUAAAUGGCGAUGAUAAAUGGACUUGUACUGAUGCGACAUGGAUUAUCACUACAGCUACUCCUGAGGAUAAGGGGAAAGAUCCCACACCAGAUGAUUUAAAAACGAAAUGUGACGCAAACAAAUUUUAUGUUUACUCAGGAUGUAAACGAGUUAAUGUUCUAACAUGCCAGAAUAAACACCUUAACAGUAAACCAAAUUAUGAUAACUGUGAAAGCGGUUGUCAAUGUAUGGAAGGAUAUGUACUUGAUACAGAAUCCAAUCAAUGCGUUAAACCAAGUGAUUGUCCGUGUUUGCACAACGGAGUUAGUUAUCCUGAAAAUUUUGAACGCAAUGAAAGACAAAGAACAUGUGUUUGCAAAAACGGUGGAUGGGAUUGUAAUACACUAUCAGAGUACUGGGAAAAAUGUAGUGUUUGGAGCAAUGUGCAUGUAAGAACUUUCGACGAAUUAGUUUAUUCUUUCAAAGGAAACUGCGAAUACACAUUGUUCGAGAGUUCACUCAGUGAAUCAUCUGUAUUAGUUAGGGUUACAUUAAAAACAGUGGAGUGUUCUUCUGGAUCUUGCAUUAAAAACGUUAAAAUUUACUGUGAAGAUGUGAAUGGUAAUCAAGACCACGUUGUUUUUACAAAUGGGGAAACUUUCGUGCGACCUAACCAAUUAAAUCAUUUAGUAAUAACAGAUUUAGAUCUUUCAAUAAUGGUUGAUGUCAUUAAGAUGGGCGUUAGACUUGUUUGGAAUAAAGGAGGUUGGGUACAUAUUCAUGUUUCAAGAAUUUGGACUACAAUGAAUCAAGUUGGUUUAUGUGGAAGAUAUGAUAAUAAUCCAAACAAUGAUUUAGAUACUCCAAAUUUCAAAAAUAGUGUUAAAGAAGCUGUGGAUUAUUAUCGACUUGAUAAAACAUGUCCGGGAAGCAGUGAAUUGCCGAACGUAAACAUUUUGGUUCCUGAAAACACCUGCGAUAUUUUAUUCAGUGAAGCAUUCAAAAAGUGUCGUCUUAUAAAACCAAUUGAUGAAUAUUACAGAAGAUGUCUAAUUGAUGCUAAUACACAAUUAUUAAAACCGGAAAAUGAAAGAACUAAUUAUUAUUGCCAAACAUUAUCUGCGUAUGCUCAAGAAUGCAAUGAUAUUAAGCAACCUGUAAAUUGGAGAACGAAUCGAAUUUGUCCGUAUGGUUGUAAAACAAAUACGGUGUAUUAUCCAUGUGAAACUCCUUGCCCAAAAGACACUUGCCAAAGUAACGUUAAUUGUCUAGAUAAAGUUUGCUCGGAAGCAUGUAAUGUCGCACCAUGUCCAUUUAACACGAUUUAUAAAGAUUCUACUUACAAGCAAUGUGUAAAAAGAGACGAAUGUAAUGGUGUUAUCAAUGUUCCUACAGUGGAGGGACAUUGUGUAGGCGAUCCACAUUGUAAGACUUUCGAUGGCAAAAAAUUCGACUUUAUGGGAAAAUGUACUUAUUAUUUAGUAAGAGGUAAUAAUUUUGAUGUAAUGUGUGAUCAUUACAUAUGGAAGAAUGGAGCAUUCGUUAAAGAUUAUAAAUCAAAAGCACCAUCUUAUUGUGCAAAAGUAAUAAUCCACUCUGGAGGUAACAUCAUCGAAUUAGAACAGAAACAUAAUGUUAAAGUUAAUGGCCAUACAAUUGGUUUUCGUCCUUAUAUUAAUUCGGAAUUCCGCAUUAAUCAACCGAGUAGUGAAUUAACCACCGUUUUAUUAAAUGGUCACGUCACUGUAACAUGGAAUGGCAAUUCUCGCGUUACAGUUAGCAUUCCUACCACAAUGAUAGGAAAAGUAAAUGGAUUACUUGGUACAUUUACUAAGUCUCAAGAUGAUGAUUUCUUAAUGCCUAACGGUGUCAUAACAAAGGAUUCAACGGAAUUUGGAAAUUCCUGGAAAGUUCCUGGUAGUUGCAAAGAUGAGUAUACUGGCCCAGUUGAGCAUCCUUGUGUAGCUAAUCCAAAUAGAAAAGCUAAAGCUGAAGAAAGCUGUGCUGCGCUAAAAAGUGAUUUAUUCAAAGGGUGCCUUGAUGAUGUAAAUAGCGUUUAUGAUGAUUGCCUUUAUGACGCUUGCCAAUGCACAGAUGAACAAAAAACUUGUGUUUGUGAAUUCUACUCCAUUCAAAGUGAUGAAUGUGCAGCAAAAGGAAUUAACGUAGAUUGGCGUAACAAAAUCGCACAAUGUGCACUUCAAUGCCCAGCUGGGCAAACUUACCAAGUUUGUGCAAAUCCUUGUACUCGAACAUGUGAAGAUGUCUCCACCAGCUUAACAUGUAGACGGAUCUGUGUUGAUGGAUGUAGUUGUCCUGAAGGGCAGACGUUAAAUAGUAUUAACCAGUGUGUUCCAAUUAAUACAUGUCCGUGUAUAUGGGAAAAUAAACGAUAUCCACCAGAUUUUACGUUUAUACAUGGUGAUAAACUAAGGGUAUGUAAAAAUGCGAUAUGGAAUGUGACCACAGCUACCCCAGACGAUAAAACUAAAUAUCCAACCACCACCGAACUCAACAAAAAAUGUAGCUCAAAUGAUAACCUUGAAUACUCUGGUUGCAAACGUGUCAACCCCGUAACAUGUCAAAACAAGCAUCUUAACGAGAAACCAAAUUAUGAAAAUUGUCACAGUGGUUGUCAAUGUGAAGAGGGAACGGUAUACGAUACAGAAGAAAAGAUUUGUGUUUAUCCGGAAUUUUGUCCUUGUUUGUAUAAAGGAAUAAGUUUUCCAGAUAAAACGGAACGACAUGAGAGAAAUCAAAAAUGUACUUGUCAUGGUGGAGCUUGGAGUUGCUCUCCAGAAGCCGACCAUUGGGAGAAAUGUUCCGUUUGGAAUAACAUUCACGUCAGAACUUUUGACGAACUAAUUUAUUCCUUUAAAGGAAUUUGUGAGUACACGUUAUUAGAGCACUCAUCUUUAACUUAUGGAGUAUUUAGGGUCACACUUACGACUACGCAGUGUAACGUUGGAUCGUGUAUUAAAAGUGUCAAAGUUUAUAUUCGUGAUUCAAAAGGCAACGAAGAUAAUGUCAUUUUGGUAACUGGCGAAGAAUUUAUACGGCCAAAUAAAUUAAACAAUUUAGUUAUAACAAAUAUGGAACUUUCGAUUAUGGUCGAUGUAAUUGGAAUGGGUGUCAGAGUUGUAUGGAAUAAAAGUGGUUGGGUUCAUAUUCAUGUUUCGAGAUCUUGGACAACACGGAAUCAUCUCGGUUUAUGUGGUAAAUACGAUGAUAAUCCAAAAAAUGAUCUCGACACUCCAGCAAGCGUAAGUGAUGUUCCUGAAUUCGUAGAUUAUUACCGUGUUGAUAGAACAUGCCCAAGAAGUUCCGAAAUUGAGAAAGUAACCUUGAUAGAUAACUUCUGUGAUAUCUUAUACAGCGAAAAAUUUGAAACAUGUCGAUUACUAAAACCUGUUGAAGAAUAUUAUAAUAGAUGUUUAAUAAACGCAAAUUUACAACUUUCAAUACCCGAAAAUCAACGAACUAAUUAUUAUUGUCAAACAUUGUCUGCUUACGCUCAAGAAUGUAACGACGUUGGAGUACCUGUUAAUUGGAGAACAAACACGAUUUGUCCUUAUCAAUGUCACAACGAUAAUGCUUAUUACUCUUGUGAUACACCGUGUCCAAUAGAAACUUGUCAGAAGAGUGUUAAAUGUCCAGAUAAAGUGUGCGCAGAAGCUUGUAACUCAAAACCAUGUCCGCCAAACAUGAUUUAUAAAGAUUCCACAUACAAAGAAUGCGUACCAAAGGAUGUAUGUCAAGGAAGAGAUUGUAACAGCGGGUGUAUUUGUCAACCACCUAACGACAACGGAUCGAAUAAUAUCGAUCUAUACGCUGGAUGUAAAGACGGAAAAUGCUCAUGGUCUCAAUUAAUUUUUAAUAUUUACAAUACGGCUACAAGUCAAUAAUACGUUAGUAAAAAUGAUUCAUUUUAUACUACAUACUUAAAUAAAUAAUUUUUAAUUCUAAA